GCUAGCUGACGACUUCAUUGUGUUUAGCUCCCUCACAACCAGCAGCAGCGACUCUAGACAUUGUCAAGGAAGCCUGACGCAGUGAUCAGUCUGCGGCAGUUACGGCGAUCGUGCCGUCAUGUCCACUCCAAGCCUUGUCCGGUCAGCAAGAGCAACGGGAGGGAGCGCUGCGACGUCGACCUCUUGGUGGAGGCAGACCCCACGUCGGUACGCAGCAGCAUUGCCACUUCACCGAUGCAGCUGCAAAGGUCAGCAACAUCGGCGGAUCGCAACCAAAUCUACUCUUCCACCGCUCUUCGACCUCAAUGACUCUCGUCCGGGUCCCCAGAAGGGAGAUUUGGCCUACCUGGCCAUGUCUGGAGGGGUAGAUUCGUCCGUAGCUGCACUGUUGGCCAUCCAGCAGGGGUUGCAGCCUUCGCCUUUGUUCAUGCGCAACUGGAACGAUCUCGACGAAGGCGAAGCGUUCGAGCCUGGAGCAGGUGGCAAAGAGGGCUGCUCCUGGCUUGAAGAUUGGAAGCGUGUCAAGCGGACUUGCGUCGCCCUCGGGCUAAAAGAGGAAGAUGCUCAGCUAAUCGACCUGUCAACGCAGUACUGGCUCAGCGUUUUUGCGCCGGCCUUGGAGGUGUGGCAACGGGGCGAGACGCCUAAUCCAGACGUGGCAUGCAAUCGCGAGAUCAAAUUCGGAGCGUUGCUGGAUCGGGUACUGUGCGGGAGCGCCUCGCAAUCUGCAUCAGGCAGCUUCGCUGUCGGGGAGAAAGCAGAGUAUGGACGCCGACCACGCAAGACCUGGCUCGUGACCGGACACUAUGCGGGUCUGAUCUACAGUCCGGAUGGGUAUUCAGCUGCUCUUCGAAGAGCUCGAGACAAGACAAAGGACCAGUCCUACUUUCUCUCCUCUGUUUCACGAAGCGCGCUCUCGAAAGUGCACCUACCGCUGAGUCAGCUUGAGAAGAGUCGGGUCAGGGAGCUCGCUAGGAAGCACAGGCUGCCAGCUGCAGAACAAGAGGAGAGCAUGGGGCUUUGCUUCGUGGGAACGAGACGAAAGCAACCUCGACAGGGAGACAAUCAUGACCUUGCAAGACGCAUGGCGAGUCGUGUGCACAGUACCAAGCUCCAAGAGCGCGCUUUUGCUUCCUUCAUUUCGUCUUACCUAACGCCCUCGCCCGGCCCAAUCCUCUCACCGGAUGGGACUCGACUCGGAAGUCACGCGGGGCUACACACGCUCACGAUCGGUCAGCGCGCUCGUCUUCCCGGCGCAAAGAAGGCUUGGUUUGUCAGCUCGAAGGAUGUCAAGACCAACUCCAUCAGCGUCGUUGCUGGGCAAGAGCACCCGGCUCUGUGGGCCAUCAGUGUCAACGUGGGAGCAAUCACUUGGCACGCUUCCACGCAGCACAAACAGAUUUCGGCUCAGGUCCGAUACAGGGCGGAUGCAGUUCCGGCCAAAGUCACGCACGACUCGGACCACAUCAGUGAUCAGUCGUCGCCCUUUGGCUCCACUUGCAGGGUCUCUUUCGAUCGACCGAUUUUAGCCGUUGCUCCCGGUCAGGUCUGCGCCAUGUACGACGGAGAUGCUGUCGUCGGUUCCGGUAUCAUUCGCUCAGUCGAGACGUUUGGAUCUGCUGCUGCAGCGUCCACCAUGGCGAGACAAGAGUUCCACGCCCAUACCGCCCACGGAGCCGAGUCUCCCUCCUCGUCUGCCUAGUCUCGGCUUGUACGAUACAUGUAUCUUGUAUAACAGCAUGUAGAGCUCAUGGAGCCAAUGAUAACUUGCUCUCAAAACAUGCGCAAAGGCUUCACUGCGAAGAUAGUCCGCCCCUGCUUGGCUCGAUUGCGUGGAGAGCCCUGGCGGAAUGGCGAGACAAUUAGCAUGCUCACAUACGAGGAGUGGAA